CAGAUUCUCACCCGCGUGAGGGCCCAAUAUGAGGUGGAUCGGUACCUGGUGUGAACUCUCUUAGGGAGAAUUGAGGCAGUCCAUAAAGCGCAGCUGUCUGACGCCAUGAAAAGGGCCCCAGCCGUUCUUUAAAUCAGCUUGUGCUCCCUUGCCAUGACCCACACACACAUUUCAUUAGAUUUCUAGACUUGAAAUAUAACAGAAAAUCCUGAAUUGUUGCUCCCAAGACCUCUUUCCACUUGGAAGGUCUUGUUCCCAAUCAUCUAGAUUAGAACCACCCCUUGCCAGAUGACUUCCUUGUCUCCACUCCCAUGGCCAAACACACAUAAGUUUUGUAUCUCCAGCCCAGCCCUCCAUCUGGGUGUCUUUCAGAUCAUUAUGACUAAAGUAGAAUGCUUCACCUCACACUGGCUCCUCUCACAUUCUUCUUUCGUAAUGGAAUCACCCUUCACUCGAGUCAGAGACUAGGAAGCCAUUCCUAACCUACCUCACGUGGCCGGCCAGCCAUCAACGUCCUCUCCUUCCCACCUGCGUCACUGCGCCAGUCCAGGUGCUCCUCGUCUGCUGCAGUACCUAACAUCUCCUGGCAGAGCCACCUGUGCUCCUGCAAACCGAGUCAUGCCAUUUCCCUCCCUGAAACCCUGGCGCUCUCCAUAGCAGGACCAGUUUGACAUGGUGAGUGAUGCUGACCUUCAAAGCCUGGAUGCCAAAAUUGUGGCCCUCACGGCCACGGUGCAGAGCUUGCAGCAGAGCUGCCGCCACAUGGAGGCUGAGCUGAAGGAGUUAACCAGCGCCCUGACCACACCCGAGAUGCAGAAAGAGAUCCAGGAGUUGCAGAAGGAAUGUGCUGGCUACACCGAGAGACUGAAGAACGUCAAAGCAGCCACCAACCAUGUGACCCCAGAAGAGAAAGAGCAGGUGUACAGGGAGAGGCAGAAGUACUGUAAGGAAUGGAGGAAGCGCAAGAGGAUGGUAAGUGCAGAACUCCAAGGCAGGCCCUGCCUGGAGACAGCAGCCCCAGAGCCGUCGGGCAGUGCCCAGGCCUGCCCAUCUGCAGAGGGUGGGUUUGCUUCUCCUCAGGCGUCAGAGCUGUGCGAUGCAAUCCUUGAAGGGUACCCGAAGAGCAAGAAGCAGUUCUUCGUAAGUGGCUCUUGCUCCUUUGCUUGCUCCCCUGGGCUGUGUGUCCAGGUCUCUUUCACGUCUCAUUGCCCCACAGGAGGAAGUCGGGAUAGAGACAGAUGAAGAUUACAACGUCAAGCUCCCAGACCCCUGAGAGCCGUGGCAAGACUGGCGGGUGGGGAGAGAUGUCCUGGACUGGCUGCUCCGUUUAGGCCAGUUUUUGUUGUUAGCGCCGCUGCUUUCCGCCUUUGAGCAGAGCAGCUGGGAGAGGGGCACAGACCAGUGUCAGGCGGAGGGUGGGGAGUGCUGGCUGCCCCAGUGGAUGGCUAUGCUCAUUACAUCGUCCACAUUUCAGGUGCGUGAGCUUACUACCCUUUAAAUUUGGGACAAAGCUAAAGGAGAGCAUUUGGCAGUAUUUAUUGUAAUAUAAUUUGAUAUAAAAAUAUUUAAUUUCCUCUGGAUAAUCAAACCUCAAGAUAUCAAAUCUGAGGAAGGCAAUGAGGGAGCUGGGGGACGAGGGUAGAGAGAGGCCAUCAUGCACAGCAGUCGGGGAGCACAGGGCUGCCCCGCCCCGGACUCCCUUGGGUUCUGUACACCCAGGCAGGCCUCCACCCACCCCCAAGCCCUGGGAGGAAUGCAGGCAGCCCCAAGAGAUGGUGGAGACCUGGGUGCGCCUGACUAAAGCUGGGGAGGUUUUGAGGCCCAGUGAAUUUUCUAAAAUUGUAACAUUAACAAAAUUGUGUUGUUGGUAUUUAGAAAAAUAAAAACUUUAACAUGUGGUGCUGUGUCA